CGAAAAGAAAAACAGGGAUUUAUUUUUCGCCAUUUGCUUGAAGUUUAAAAAUCUUCAAAGGCUAAAACUUGGGGCUUUUUCUGAAAAUGGCUCAUUAUUACACACCAAACGAGGAACAUGGCGCCUAUUUAUUUGCGAGGUUUCCCUCUAGAGGCGGAACUGACGUAGCUGUGGUCUCGCAAUCCUGUGUGCUCAAUAAGAAAUCUGCUGAAAUUCAACGAGGACGCUUCCUGGGAAUUGCCAGAAAGAUAUAUGGGAAGUAUACCCAUGGCGAUCACGCCACCCCGAGAUAUGCCAAAGUGAACCAAUAUGAACCGGAAAUGGCGUUGAUUGUCUACCUAUUCGAGAACCAGAAAUACGCUAGGCUGUUCUUCAAUAGUGAUAAACGCUUUAAACAGCCCGAUUUUCCCCCACCCUCGGGAAUGUGUGAGGCUUGGUCGGUUUGUCGUUACUACACACCUGAUUAUAGGGACGAUAAUCGAACGUUCAUGAUGUCUGAAGUACAACUACAAGAAGGUGUCCGCCAAGAGGAGUAUCGUGAAAGAUACUGUACACCGUUCGCUCAGUUGCUUCUCGACUACGACGCCCAUCCGUAUGUCGUACAAGCCAACACCGUAGAGGAUUUGAGACGGUACUAUCUAGGGGCAGACACCAUCCUUACCGUCCAUGUUUUCCCCACCCCUGAGGAACUGUGGAAGUGUAUUGAAGACGAUCGUUACAUACCACUUAAAGCCGUCCAUGCAACUAUGGCUUCAGAAAACCUCAGCGUUUUUACUAUAGACCCUAAACCAUGCCGAUAAACUGAUGGAAUAUCAAUUCCUUAUGAACAUAGCUAGUGUUUUUGACUCCGCAUGGAUGACAUCUGUCAAAGUUUCAAAGAUAUUAUGUACUAUUAGUUGCCAAAUUUCAAUCAGCAAGCUUUGAUCUACGAUUCUACACACAUUUUUCUUGUUCUUUUUUUUUAAUUUUACAAAAAAUAUUAAAGUGGCUCAGUCGGGACACAAUCCUAGAAAAAAAUGAAAGAAAAGUCAAAAAAUGAAAAAAAAAAUGAAGCAUUUCCCAUUUAUCAUUAGUCCUUAAUCUGACACCAUCGAAUUAAAAAUAUUCAGACACAAAACAUAAAUAGAGCAGCCCAGAUGAUUUUCAGGUAGAUAACCAACUGUAUUCCAGGCCCUUCUCACAUCAUCUAAAAUAUUACUGUCUACUCUCUUUAUGUGCAAAAAUGUACUAAUCCAAUCUAAUGUAACUUUCAUAUCCGAACAUGUCUACGUAAUAAUGUUUCCGAUCUUAUUUAAAUAUUACUAUUUAUCAUUAUUUUAUGUUAUUUGUAUAGAAAAUAAAUUAUUAACAAAGUUU